AUGAGAUCUUUAUCACAUUCUAUCAUUCUCUUACUGAGUCUAAUUGUGCUGUACUCAUGCACUGCCCUAGAGGUUAAAUAUGAUUCAAAUGCUCUCAUUAUCAAUGGAGAACGACGUCUUAUAUUUUCAGGUGCAAUUCAUUAUCCAAGAAGCACUGUGGAUAUGUGGCCUGACCUAGUUCAAAAGGCCAAAGAUGGUGGUCUUGAUGCCAUUGAAACUUACAUAUUUUGGGAUCGUCACGAACAGGUUCGUGGCAGAUAUAAUUUCUCAGGAAAUUUGGAUUUUGUCAAGUUUUUUAAAACUAUCCAAGAAGCUGGACUAUAUGGCAUUAUAAGGAUCGGUCCUUAUUCAUGUGCUGAGUGGAACUAUGGAGGGUUCCCAGUGUGGCUUCACCAAAUACCUGGGAUUGAAAUGAGAACCGAUAAUGCUGCUUACAAAAAUGAAAUGCAAAUUUUUGUAACCAAGAUCAUUACUAUCAUCAAUACUUGCAAUGGGUAUUAUUGUCACAAUUUUAAACCUAAUAACCCAAAAAGUCCAAAAAUGUUCACUGAAAAUUGGAUUGGAUGGUUUCAAAAAUGGGGUGAAAGAGCUCCACAUAGAACUGCUGAAGAUUCAGCUUAUGCUGUUGCACGUUUUUUCCAAAAUGGUGGUGUAUUUAACAAUUACUACAUGUACCAUGGAGGAACCAAUUUUGGUCGCACAUCUGGUGGACCAUAUAUUAUAACAUCUUAUGACUAUGAUGCACCGAUCAACGAGUAUGGGAAUUUGAAUCAACCGAAAUACGGGCAUCUUAAGUUCCUUCAUGAAGCAAUUAAAUUAGGCGAAAAGGUACUUACGAAUUAUACUUCAAGGAAUGACAAGGAUCUUGGUAAUGGAAUCACACUAACAACAUACACUAAUUCUGUUGGAGCAAGAUUUUGUUUCUUGAGCAAUGAUAAAGAUAACACUGAUGGAAAUGUUGACUUGCAAAAUGAUGGUAAAUACUUUGUUCCUGCUUGGUCCGUCACCAUUCUUGAUGGAUGCAACAAAGAAGUUUUCAAUACUGCAAAGGUUAAUAGUCAAACCUCAAUAAUGGAGAAAAAAAUUGAUAAUAGUUCUACUAAUAAACUCACUUGGGCAUGGAUAAUGGAGCCAAAGAAAGACACCAUGAAUGGAAGGGGAAGUAUCAAAGCACAUCAACUUUUGGAGCAGAAGGAAUUAACAUUGGAUGCAAGUGAUUAUUUAUGGUACAUGACUAGUGUUGAUAUCAAUGAUACUUCUAAUUGGAGCAAUGCAAAUCUUCAUGUAGAAACUUCAGGUCAUACCCUUCAUGGUUAUGUUAAUAAGAGGUAUAUAGGAUACGGACAUAGCCAAUUUGGAAACAAUUUCACUUAUGAAAAACAAGUUUCUUUGAAAAAUGGAACAAACAUUAUAACUUUGCUUAGUGCCACCGUUGGACUUGCAAAUUAUGGUGCAAGGUUUGAUGAAAUAAAAACUGGCAUUUCAGAUGGUCCUGUUAAAUUGGUUGGACAAAAUAGUGUGACUAUAGAUUUGUCAACCGGAAAUUGGUCUUUUAAGGUUGGGUUGAACGGUGAGAAAAGACGUUUUUAUGAUUUGCAACCACGUUCUGGUGUUGCAUGGAACACUAGUUCAUAUCCUACUGGAAAACCUUUGACUUGGUAUAAAACACAAUUUAAAUCUCCUUUGGGACCAAACCCUAUUGUUGUUGACUUGCAAGGUUUAGGUAAAGGACAUGCUUGGGUGAAUGGAAAAAGCAUUGGUCGUUAUUGGACUUCCUGGAUUACAUCUACUGCUGGAUGUAGUGACACAUGUGACUAUCGUGGAAAUUACAAAAAGGAAAAAUGUAACACUGGUUGUGCAAGUCCAUCACAAAGGUGGUACCAUGUUCCAAGAUCAUUCUUGAAUGAUGACAUGAACACAUUGAUUUUAUUUGAAGAAAUAGGUGGAAAUCCUCAAAAUGUUUCCUUCCUAACUGAGACAACAAAAACUAUUUGUGCUAAUGUAUAUGAAGGUGGAAAAUUAGAACUAUCAUGCCAAAAUGGACAAGUAAUUACUUCAAUCAAUUUUGCUAGUUUUGGAAAUCCACAAGGUCAAUGUGGUUCUUUCAAGAAAGGUUCUUGGGAAUCUUUGAAUAGCCAAUCUAUGAUGGAAACUUCAUGUAUAGGAAAAACUGGUUGUGGAUUUACUGUCACUAGAGAUAUGUUUGGUGUAAACCUUGACCCAUUGAGCGCUAGCAAAGCAAGCGUUAAGGAUGGUAUACCUAGAUUGGCGGUGCAGGCGACAUGUUAA